CGGAUCCAUUUCCAUUCCCACUUCCCCCAACGCUUCCCCACACGCUCUCCCACGCUCCUCGCCCGCCGGCCGGCCAUGGCGGCGAUGCCGAUGCCCCGAUCUCUCCUGCUGCUGCUCCUCCUCGCCACUCCCUUCCUCCUCCUCCCCCUCGCCGCCUCAAUCCCCACCUCCAACCCGGACAUCGACCUCGACUACCUCAUCAAGAACGCCGGCCUCGACGACUCCACCCCGUCCACCCCCACCGACGACCCCCAGGACGGCGCUCCGGACUUCCCCGGCCUCGACGCCGACUACAAAGACGAGGACGAGGACCUCUUCGGCGACGACGACGGGCCGGAGGAGUCCUCCCACCCCUCGGCGGCCGACGAGGCCCACGUGCUCCUCCUCACCGCCGCCAACUUCACCGCCGUCCUCGCCGCCCGCCGCCACGUCAUGGUCGAGUUCUACGCGCCCUGGUGCGGCCACUGCCGCGCGCUCGCCCCCCACUACUCCGCCGCCGCGACGCACCUCGCCGAGCAGGGGGUCGACGUCGCGCUGGCCAAGGUGGACGCCACCGAGGACCACGACCUGGCGCAGGCGCACGGCGUGCAGGGCUACCCCACCCUCCUCUUCUUCAUCGACGGCGUGCCCAGGGACUACUCCGGCGAGAGGACCAAGGACGCCAUUGUGGCUUGGAUCGGCAAGAAGCUGGGCCCUGCGGUGCAGAACCUCACCACCGUCGACGAGGCCGAGAAGAUCGUCACCGGCGACGACGUGGCCGUGCUCGCCUACCUCGACCACCUCUCGGGUGCGCACAGCGAUGAGCUUGCUGCCGCCUCGAGGCUGGAAGAUACAAUCAGCUUCUACCAGACCACCAGCCCUGACGUAGCCAAGCUUUUCCACAUUGACCCGGAGGCAAAGCGCCCAUCAGUAGUCCUGCUCAAGAAAGAGGAGGAGAAGUUGACCGUUUUUGAUGGCGAGUUCAGAGCUUCUGCGAUUGCCGAGUUUGUUUCGGCCAACAAAAUCCCAUUGAUCACCACACUCACACAGGAGACCGCCCCUGCGAUUUUCGACAAUCCGAUCAAGAAGCAAAUUUUGCUAUUUGCUGUUGCGAAGGAGUCCUCAAAAUUUCUGCCCAUCAUUAAGGAAACAGCAAAGUCAUUCAAGGGAAAGCUUUUAUUUGUCUUUGUGGAGCGUGACAAUGAGGAAGUUGGCGAACCUGUUGCCAAUUACUUUGGAAUUGCUGGACAAGAGACCACGGUUCUUGCUUACACUGGGAAUGAAGACGCUAAGAAGUUCUUCUUCAGUGGUGAAAUAUCACUGGACACCAUUAAGGAAUUUGCUCAAGAUUUCCUGGAGGACAAGCUCACACCAUCCUACAAGUCUGACCCAGUACCUGAAUCUAACGAUGAGGACGUCAAAGUUGUUGUUGGCAAGAGUCUAGAUCAAAUAGUUCUGGAUGAAUCAAAGGAUGUCCUUUUGGAGGUAUAUGCGCCAUGGUGUGGGCAUUGUCAGUCGCUGGAGCCUAUCUACAACAAGCUGGCCAAGUAUCUCCGUGGCAUCGACUCCCUUGUAAUAGCCAAAAUGGACGGCACAAACAAUGAGCAUCCUCGUGCCAAGCCCGAUGGAUUCCCCACGAUACUCUUCUAUCCAGCUGGGAAGAAAAGCUUUGAGCCUAUAACUUUCGAGGGGGACCGGACGGUGGUGGAGAUGUACAAGUUCCUCAAGAAGCAUGCCGCCAUCCCUUUCAAGCUGAAGCGCCCGGACUCGUCAGCGGCACGGACCGACGGCCCAGGCUCGACGGCCGAGGGCGAGAAGAGCUCCGGUUCGAACCCCAAGGACGAGUUGUAGGGGAUUUACAUACGCCAUUGACAAGCACGAGGUGCUGCUGUCGAAAGCAGGAGGUGGAUAACAAAUAGCUAGGUAUCAACUCGGGGAGUAGAAUUCAAAGCACGGCAAGCUGGGGCGGAGUUAAGGGUGCGGCAGAAUAUAUAGCUAUGGCCAGCUGAGGGAUAAUGGAGGUCUGAAUCUGGAACAGCAAGACAGAAGCUGGCCCCGCACGCAGAGCGUCAUCCCUGGUGGAUAACAUAAAACUUGAUCAGGGGUAAGAAAUCGAAAAUAUAAACAUCUACUCCCUCCGUUCCAAAAUAGAUAACUCAACUUUGUACGUAUUAACUUGGGAGUAUAUCUGAAUCUGUCCUUUUAUGAGUUUAAUAUAAUAAUUUCUUGA